CCCCCUCAUUCGUUUCUGAGAAGCAACGAGACAUCAUCAUGCCCGAGCCAGCAAAGUCAGCGCCCAAGAAGGGCUCCAAGAAAGCCGUCACCAAGACCGCAGGGAAGGGCGGCAAGAAGCGCAGAAAGUCCAGGAAGGAGAGUUACGCCAUCUACGUGUACAAAGUCCUGGCCAUGGGAAUCAUGAACUCCUUCGUGAACGACAUCUUCGAGCGUAUCGCCGGAGAGUCCUCUCGCCUGGCCCACUACAACAAGCGUUCUACCAUCACCUCCAGGGAGAUCCAGACCGCGGUGCGCCUGCUGCUCCCCGGUGAACUUGCCAAACACGCCGUGUCCGAGGGCACCAAGGCCGUAACCAAGUACACCAGCUCCAAGUAAACAGCGCAUUUGGACUGCUCUACUAACCCAAAGGCUCUUUUAAGAGCCACC